CUGUCAGGUGAUCAAAAAAAUGUAGCUCAAUAAAAAAAAAACAAAAGAAGUUUUGAUUGCUUGUUCGUAUCGUUUUCGCUUCACAUCGUCUAGUCUGUAGAAAAUUGUAUUGGCCACCGAUAAAAACAACUGUCGUUCAUUUGAAGCCAUCGGAUCUAGAAAGUUGCUUAUUGGCGUGCGUUUAGUUAGCUUUCCGAGCGCUGGUAAAUAGUGAUCGCAUAUCCAUACGUGUGUAUCUAAGCGUACGAGUACUGCCUGGGGUUCAUGCCCUCUUCAGUAUUUUCUCGCCCCAUUCCCAUGGUGUGUAUGUGAGAAAAUUGGGUGAAAACACGACAUUGUUUCGGGAUAGUUUAAUUUGUCUGCCUAGCGCGUGACGUGUGUGCUGGAGUGAAUCGCGCAGCAUCAGCAAAUCCCCGCCGCCAAACUGGAACGGGAAGGGAAAGCUCAAAUUAACAACAGUUCCUCUAGCUCUGGUCGGCGGGCCACGAGAGGUACGGGCGCCAGGGAGGUGGCUGAACCGUCAACGACAGCGACGGAUACGAACGCAACAACGAACGUCGACAAGAAAAAGAUGAAUGGUUUGAGCUUCAGCGAGCUAUGCUGUUUGUUUUGCUGCCCACCGUGUCCGGGGCGGAUCGCAUCGAAGUUGGCCUUCCUGCCGCCCGAAACAAGCUACGACCUGAAGCCGGAAGCGGACAGUGCGAACAGCCAGUUUAUCCUGACGCUACACGAGAAGGCCGACUGGCAGUACACUGACCGCGAAAAGGAAUGUUUCGAAGCGUUCUACGCUCGGUCCUCGCGGGGCAACCGAAUCGCCUGUCUGUUCGUCAAAUGUAGCGACACCGCACGGUUCACACUGCUUUUCUCCCACGGCAAUGCGGUCGAUCUCGGGCAGAUGACAACGUUUUUCAUCGGGCUGGGUCAACGGAUCAAUUGUAACAUCUUUAGCUACGAUUACUCCGGGUACGGGCAAAGCUCUGGUAAGCCCACCGAGAAGAAUCUCUACGCGGACAUCGACGCGGCCUGGCACGCGCUGCGAACGCGGUACGGCAUUAGCCCGGAAAAUAUCAUUCUAUACGGACAAAGCAUAGGCACGGUACCGACGGUGGAUUUGGCCAGCCGGUAUGAGGUCGGUGCCGUCAUCCUGCAUUCGCCCCUGAUGUCCGGUAUGCGGGUCGCCUUUCCCGCCACAAAGCGCACAUGGUUUUUCGACGCAUUUCCCAGCAUUGACAAAGUGCCGAAAGUCACCUCACCGGUACUGGUAAUACAUGGCACAGAGGACGAGGUGAUUGAUUUUUCCCACGGCAUGACAAUCUACGAAAAGUGUCCGCGAGCGGUAGAACCGCUGUGGGUGGAGGGCGCCGGCCACAACGAUGUGGAGAUGUACAGCCAAUAUUUGGAGCGGCUGAAACAGUUCGUGUCGGUUGAGCUGGUCAACUGACAAAAGGUGAACAAGCGGUCCAGCGGCAACAGCAGUGGCAAGCGUACCAAAGGCGAUGGCGACGGACGGAAGGAAGCGGGGAACGACGGGGAGAAUGACAAUGAGGACGAUGAGGAUGAAGAUUUAAAUACGGAUGAUGAAAUAUUGAACGCAUCAAUUACGCUAAGCUCCAACUCUACCAACGACGCAUCGGCAAUAGAAAAGCUGCUCUAGCAUCAGGAGCCCGGCGGAGGGAGUGGAUUCGAUUUUGCCUCCUCCGUCUCGGUGCCACCCAC